CUAGAGCUUUCAGAAAAAAGUCCUAAUGUGAGUAGACCCUAAUCUUCCUCUUUUGUUCAGUUCAUCCCCGUGACCAGAACUUAUGGCAGGAGUUGGCAAAGAAAGCCCCACUGGGACGUCCACUUUUCCACCGGGGGUCCUAUGUACUUGUAUUCGAACAUCGAUCGGCCAUCCAUCCGCACAACCCGAAUGCCCGCUCUGGCAGUGAUUCGAGCCAAAUGCAUUUAGGAGGGUGACUCGAACAUCAGGAAGAGAGCAGCGAACUGACGCACAAAACAACAUCCCAGCAGAAACAGCCCAAAAAGAAAUGACGCUGCCUAGCCAUGUUUCAGAGAGAAAACGAAAAAAGGAAAAACCAUCUCUGCUGCAUCCCACUCAGGCUGCCACUCCUGGUGAUGCAUUUCCAAAACUGGUUGUCCCCUGAUUCGACGUCGCGCAGCUGAGUACUUGUACUCGAACAUCCGCAAAAACACUGCGUAUGCUCCAGCUGCAAGCACCACGCACCGAUGAGAGGCAUUCCUAGCAAUUGACCGGCAUAUUACAAGGAGCGCUUUUUGCUUGAAGUAUCAGGUUAGAUCAGAUAGAUAGAAAUGAGCCGAACUUGGUCCCCAGCACCAUGCAGGGAUGAGAGGGCAUUCUUAGCUCUUUUUUUUCUUUCCACUUCUACACAAUUGAGUUGGAGUUUGUUCCCAUAGCCCACCAUCAUUUAUGACACUCUUCCCUAGCAAACGGAGAAUUGUAUAUCAGGCAGCUUGAACUUCGCAGCAGGCACGUAGGAUAUGCAUCUAGCACUUCUCGUGGGUGUGCCCGUGGAGACUACUCAGUGCUAUUUGCAGCCUUCUCAUCAGAUACUGGAAACACGCUCCCAAACGCAUCGCGUAAAGAGGACCACAAACUGACAAGAGGGGCAUGCCCAUACCCACCUUAAACUCUUGAAGACAAAGUUGUUGUCAUUCUGAAUUUCAGUGUUUCUUGACACAUCAGCAGACACGUGACCAUCGUACAAACAAGUAAAAACUGAGACAAGGAGAUGUGCAAGCAUGGGAUUAACACAUCAGCUGACAUACCAGCAGACAAAAGCUUUUUCAGAAGACACUUCCUUCAGACUGUGCUUGACCGCUUUCAUGCACACCUGCACAAAGCUCGAUGUGCAAUACAACAGUUCCGUCUGAUACCACCGCUAACUUUCUCCCUCGCCAAAAUAUAUUGACGCAAUACGGCCUUGUGUCAAUCCACCUUCCCCCUGGCCAGCUGAACAGGCAUUCUUCCAAUUCCGUCAUGCAUAUCCACACUACUUGGGAGGAGGCACACUGUCAUUUGGCGACUUGAACAGGCACACCCUCUAAUUACAGCUAAGAAGAUGAAAAUCAUCGGCCACUGCGGCGGCGGAGACAAAGGGGAGUUGGCAUCCUCCUUGCCUCAAACCAAACUUCUGCAGAGAUCUACGGUGGUCCGCCAAUUGAGGUUACGAUCACCUUCCCCGAGGGUCUUGCAGGAGGAGGGUGGCCAUCAUGCCACCCCGGGGGGGGGGGGGGGGGGGGCAGCCCGAGUGGAGGAGGAGCUCGUGGCAACGGCAGCAGUGGAGGGGGAGGUAGCAGCAGUGGAGGAGGAGGUGCCAGCUGCAACAACAGUGGAGGGGGAGGUAGCAACAACAACAACAACGGAGGAGGAGAUAGCGGCAGCGACAGCGGUGCCAGACGUUGAUAUGGAGCAUGAUGGUUCGGAUGCUACAGAGGGCGGUGACCACGUCGAGGAGCACCUCAUGCAACAGUUUCUCACGGAGGAGCUCGAUCCAGUCGUGGGAGGUUUCACCCCGGGUGUGGCGAGGGGGCUGGGGUUGUCUCCUCUAACAAGGUGGUCGGGUUCAAACAUGGGGACCUACUUCAACUUUGACAUAUCAAUAGGCGCUCCCCCUAGUUGCAGCAGGGCGGCAUGGACGGAUCGGGCGACAUCGAGGGACGAGGCGACAGGCAAGAUGGGGACGCAGACCUCGAGAGAGUCGACGGUGGCGGAGUCUCCAGAUGCGGCACGCGACAUCAUGAAGCGAGAGAGGGCUCGACUUAUGGCAUCCAGCGACCUGCGUGCUCAGGCGUUCGCACGGGCCUUGGAGGAGCGCAAGCGUCGAUAGCCAGGGAGAGAUGGUGGGCAAGGUGGGGUAGUGGCGGGGGAGGACGCUAUGGAGGGAGUGGCACCAGAGGCAGAGGAGGAUGUGGAGGAGGGGCCACAGGUGGUGGAUGAGGCUGUGGAGGGUGGACAGGGGUGAGACCGGGGGCCUGGCGACGCACGGCCCGUAGUUCACGAGACGA